AUGGAUACUGGUAGAGGCAGGCAUAUUUCUUAUAAGUUUCCUGAGGUUGAUCUGGAUUCCCUUCUCAAGAUGCUAGAGAAAUCACCUUCUGGAAAUUUGGAAUUCUACGACCCUCUAUUGCGAUGCUUCACUUUCCCGGACUAUCAGUUGGCGCCAACCUUGGAAGAUUAUUCAUGUAUUCUGGGAAUUCCCAUCAAGCUUCAAGUUCCUUUUCACGUGUCUAUGGAAGUUCCUGAUUCUAAACAUAUUACUGCUACCCUUUAUUUGGGCAAGUCUGUGGUGGAUGCUAAUCUCAAAACAAAAGGAGGACUAUCUAGAUUUCAUCUGAGUUUUCUUUUAGAAACUUUGGGUGCUUUGACUAAGGAAGAGAAGUGCAAGGUUUUCAACAUUGUUUUGGCUUGCAGUAUCUAUGGUAUUGUCUUGUUUCCCAAUGUGGUGGAUUUUGUUGAUAUGAACUUCAUUCGUAUCUUCAUGACGGGGAACCCAGUACCAACGUUGUUAGGGGAUGUCCAUCUCCUGUACAAAGGAGCGUUUGUGGAUACUAAGGAGACCUUGAUGCGGUCUAAGAGGUUAAUGGGGCUUACUUCCAAGGAUGUGGUAUGGUAUAACUUGAGGUUGGAUAGGAUGGAGAAAUCUGAAGUGAUUAUGAGUUGUGGAGAGUUUCCUAAUAUGCCUCUCAUGGGUAUUAAGGGAGGUAUAAACUAUAAUCUCGUGCUUUCUCAGAGACAGUUGGGCUAUGCUUUGAAAGGACCUCCAGAGGAUAGGAGCAUACAAGAGUCUUUGUUAUACAGUGUGAUUGAUGGUGUUAAAAUAAUGAAGAAAGUUGCUAAAGCCUGGAAUCAUAUUUUGUGUAAAGGGAAAGAGUUUUUUGGUAAAAAAGAUUAUAUUGCUUAUCCUCUUUACAUAGACUGGAUCAAAGAUAGAGUUCAAACUUUAAAGCAGGAGAAAGAGGAGCUGAGCAUGCAAGUUUUUGGAUUUAGGCAAGAAAAGAUGGAUUUGGCUCACAAGCUUAAAGAAAGAGAUGAAUUGCUUGGUGAAUAUUGUCUUGUUGUGGAUAGAAGGAUUAGAAAGAAGCCAAAAGAUGAUAUGGUUAGAGGAAGUACUUCUACAGUUGUUGAGGAAUAA